AUGACGCCUCAGCGGUCACCGGACGUUCCGCCCUCGCCCAAACGACGCCACCGUCCUAGCUCUAGUUCCGCAGCCAGCGGCAUACAGAUGCCAUCGACCGCCGGCGCCGUCGUCUCGUUACCAGACGAGAUCAUCUUCGACAUCCUCACCAGAGUGCCGGUGAACUCGGCGUGCCGGUUCCGAUGCGUCUCCCACGAGUGGCGCGCCCUCAUCUCCAGCCCGGACUUCGUCGCCGCGCACAAGUCCCGCCACGCCGAGCCUCUCGUCGCGGUUUACUCCUUCCGAGAAGAACCUAGCAAAGGGACCGAACUGCGGCUGGUCGACAUGGACGGCAACGUUGUGCGUGUGAUCAAGGUCAAGGAUGGACUUGGAUCUAGCAAGCUCCCCCACCACGACCUCCUCUGCAUCACGAACGACAAUUCCGACGCGUGCCUGGUCGACCCUGCCACCGGAGAGGUGCUGGUGACCUGCCCGUGCCCUCGCCCGAGACCGAAAUCGCUCGUCAUGUGCUUCGGCCGGGCCGUCCCGUCUGGCGCGUACAAGGCGUUGUGCUUCGUCCGCGGCGACGAAAGGUUCCACCAUUACUCUGAGAGACGCCGUCGGAUGGAGACUGAUGCGGCCGAGCCCAACCAGGGCCGCGUGCCACCCGGGCUGCGCGACCAUCGUGAACGGAAUCCUCCACAUCUUGGCGAUGGUUAG